AAACUUCCUGAUUCUCACUAAAGGCUGUGAAUCCAGUGUAAGCAGAUCUGAUCUGUCAGAGACACAUGAGACAGAACGACAGAUACUUCACAAUCUGCUUCAGGACUUUAUUCUCUUCUGAUGGAUUUACUCUCUUCUGGAAACUUCAGAGAAAUGUUGAUCAUCUUUGGACUGAUGCUGGUUCUGCUACAGACUGUCUCAUGUGUGGAUUGGAACUGCAGUAUUAAUCAGACUGAACCCUGUUAUGCAGCUCUGGGAGAUAAACUCUCUCUGCAGAUGGCUCUGGGUCCUUAUAGUCAGCUAAUCAUACAAAAAGAGAGUUUAACUUGUGGAAUAAAAAAUGACAAAAAGAGUCCAACAGCUUGUAAUCUUUAUAGUAACAGAUCUGACGUUAUCAUCAGUAAUGGCACUGUAAUUAUAAACAGUGUGACCAGAGCAGAUUCAGGGAGAUACACAUUAGAGCUUUAUGACUUACAGGCCAAACUAAUACCUGCAGUACUUCAAGUGAAUGUUGAAGCUCCUAUUGGCUCAGUGAAAGUGUCAGUCGAAUGCAUCAGUGGGGUGAGGUGGGCAUCCUGCUCCUCUGAGGGGGAUUCACUCUUCUUCAACUGGACUCUGAAUGGACAACCACUAGCACAAGAAAAUAAGACCAAAAUUGAUCUGAAUGGGGAAACUUCUGGAAACCUCAUCUGCAGUGUGAAGAACCACAUCAGUCAUGGAGAGAAGAGCAUCACUGUAAACUAUUGUACCGAAACAACUACUGCACCUGUGACCCCUACACUGUCCUCUACAGUGACCAAUAGCACGCUUGCAUCAGCCGGUACGAGUCUCUCUGCUAGUAAUCUCACCCCCACACAGAACACUGGAUGGUUUUCACCAAUGAGCUUGCCCUCAUUACUUCUUAUUGGAAUGGGUUCUUCAAUUGUGAUUCUUAUUGUGCUGGUCAUCACAGUUUGUUACAUUUACAAGAAGAAACAAGCUAAGUCAGCACCAGCUGAUGGCGGGACAGAACUCGUCUACGCUGACAUCAAUCAUGACAAACUCAACAGAGACAAUAAACCUAAGAAAACAGAGAUGAGUUCAGCUGCAGAUGUUGAAUAUGCUGAGGUCGCAUCUCAGAGAAAGACUAAAAAGAAGAAGGGGAAGGAAGAUGAGGUUCAGUAUGGUGAGGUGUCAUUCACUCCGGCCGGUCGCAACGUUCAGAAACAACAUACGGAGCAGGAUGAGUGUGUCUACUCUCAGAUAUACCAAAAGAAAUGAUUGACUCACUAUUGCUGCAGUUUUCUGAACCAGCUGCAUGGUCAGUACAUCUCACACUAUGAAAAAAGCAGCAUGAAGUUUAAAGAACUAAAUUAUGCAAGUCAAUUCAACCUACGUUUUAAAAUUUUGUUAAGUUAGAUUAACAUAAAAAUAUAAGUUGAUAAGAAAACAUUUCACCGUACAAUGUCAUAAAAUAUUUGAAAAUAUUUUUAUUUUCAAAAUAAUUUUGGCCAUUCGUGAGAUAUAUGGUGUGGUCUUUUUUUGAGCUUUAUAAGUAUUCGUGCAUAACAGCUGUUACUAAGGGUACAGUAUGUUUCUGUGGUUCAGUGGUGAGGUGUUGAGCUAGCAAGCCAAAGGAAAGAGAGAUAUUCAUCUUUAGAAGAAAAGAGGAAACCAUUUUGGUCUUAUUUUCCAUCAAACCAGAACUUCCUUUUUCAAGUCUUCAAGUUGCAGUUUCUAAAUUAUGUGGAACUGGAUUUUAUUUAACAACUUUUUACAUUUAGACACUUAAAUAAUGUAAUAUAAAGUGUUAUAAAUGUAAUAAAAGGCACUAAAUGCAAUUACAAGUAAAUAAAUGUAAAUAUUGUUUCUACA